UGGGGGGAGUCGGGGCUGGCACCGCGGCCCCUUUAUCCGGAGCGGAGCCGCCCGGCCGCCUCCGCCAUGGUGGUGCUGACGGGCCGGGAGGCCGGAGGCGGGCAGGCCCCGGAGGAGCCCUACCUGAGGAUUGAAGACUGCCUGCCUCCUCUGGGGAGCUCCCCAUCCAAGAGGGUCUCCCCCUCCAAACGGAAGCAGUACUACAUCAACCAGGCCAUCCGCAACUCCGACCUCAUCCCCAAGGCCAAGGGGCGCAAGAGCCUUCAGAGGCUGGAGAACACUCGGUACCUGAUGACCCUGCUGGAGCGGGACGAAUGUGGGAAUGACGAUGGGGAACUCACGCACUCUGCUGCCCCAAGCAUCUUCACGGAGGCCUGCAACAACGAGACGUACAUGGAGAUCUGGAACGACUUCAUGAACCGGUCUGGUGAGGAACAGGAGAGGGUCCUGCUCUACCUAGAGGAAGAGGCCAAGAAGAAGCACAAGAGGAAGCUCCCUGUUAAAGCGGAGGACAAGUGGAAAGAGCAUCCUGCUUACACACCGAAAGAAUGUUUCCAGCGCAUCAGCCGCCGGCUUCGCACCACGCUGAGACGAGGCAGGAUCCCUAUGGGGACCCUGGAGUGUCUGGAGGAGGAGUUACUGGCCUUUUUCUCCGUCACCCCUCACUCUGUCUACACAGCAAUGAUGGACAAUAGCUUUGAGCGGCUGCUGCUCCACGCUCUCUGCCAGUACCUGGACCUCGUCUCUGCCAGUUCUGACUUUGAAGGGAAACGCCAAAUGAAAGUGAGCAACAAACACAGAGACUUCCUGCCCCCGGAAUUACUGCUGUCUGCCUACUUGGAGCAGAUGAGCUGAUAGGUCUGGAAGACGUCUCACUCAGUGCUCUGAGGACUUCUACGAUCCCCAUAUCUGCUCUCCAUCCACUCAGUCCUCGGCGCACAAACGGGUUGUGUCCCCACCCUCUGACGAGUCUCGGCACUUGUGCAAUGGCCUAACUGGCGGGUGGGUUUGUGUGGAGCCGGUUAGAUCGUUGUUCCCUGCUUCGAGAGAGGAAGUCUUCCCUUGCCCGUCGCUGAAGCCCUGCAGGCAUCUCCCGCAGCUGCCACUCCCUUCCCGUGUGGCAAAGCUGGUGUGACUUCCAGCUUCCUCCCCACCCCCGGGGUGCUCCUGGUUCCACCCAAGGCUUCUCCAUACUGCUCCCGGGACCCAGUGGAGGGCACCAUCUCUGCUCCUCGCACUGGGGCCUGGCAGAGGCCUGCAAGCACCCCCCAAGCAGACCACUCUGUCGGGGGUGGAACCACCUGUUGGACAGCCCAAAACGUCAACCUUCAUCAUGCUCAGGUGUCCAACCCCCACUCAAGGACUGAGGACUCUGCCUCUCUUGAAGCUGGGAGGCUGAGGCCUUUGCUCUGGAUGGGCAGCGUCCUACUGGUUGGAGCAGGGGAGGGGGGUAGGAGCUGACUCCAGGGGUCUCCCCUGCUGCCUGUAGGCUGCUGGGAGGUUAGGAAGUGUCCAUCGACACUGUCAAAUGCAUAUCAGCUGUUGUUGCGACACUGGUCCCUCUUGUCGCGUAGAUGGGAUCUUGAUUGUGUCUCUUCUGCCCCCCAAGCCAUGUUCCGGAUUCAGAAUCCGGCCAGGUUCGGGGCGGUGGUGAAAGUCCUGUUCGCAUAACAUGGAAUCGUGCUUUUAACCAUGCUGGGGGAACAAGAUCGCUCCUGAAUAGUGAAGAUGGGGGCCCUUCAUCUCAGCUCCUUCAGGCCACAUCCUCCCCUCAUUUCUCUGACUCACUGGCCUCUUAGCUUGGCAGGGGGGGUUCCAGGACCAGCUGCUGCUGCCAGAUAUCACCAUGCUUACGGUGUGUGACCAGCCUGCCUAGCCCUGCCCUGGGCGUGGCGCUAUCUCCCGGCAGUAGCUGUGCUCCCUGGAAGCGUGGUUGUCUACACGCCAGCUCAUUUAAACACAACCAACCAACCUGUCCCUGGGGGACUCUGGCUUCCCCCGGGGGUGAGUUUGUAGCAGUAUUUUUGUGACAAAACAGUUCCCUUUCGGCCUUUGCAUUUCAGCUGCUCUGACCUGGCCAUUGAGCAUCUGAAUUGGGCUCAUUCCCCAGCUCAGCAAACACUUCAGCAGGUGCCUAAAGCUUAAGCAUGGGCCGAAGUGCUUUGCUGAAUGUCCAGCAGCUGCCUGGAGCAGAUCACUUGUAAGUUGCAUUUCACAAACCAGGGAGGCAGGGGACUUACCACAGACUGCAACAGCCUUGCAGGGUCGGGGGUGGGCACUGCUUUGGCUGGUGUCUAACCCUGUUUCCACUCGCUACCCACCACAGAGUUAGCGCUUUAAACCAUCGCAGGCUCAGCCCCGCAUACAAUCCAGUGGCGUACAGGGGGCGGAGAUCCCCCCCGCAAUGCACACGUUAGCACUUACCUAGCUUCCUCUCUGGAAGGCAAAGGAGUGAAAUAUCCGUGUGAAAAGCUCGAAGAAGUGUCCAGGCAGGACUCAGUGCCCCCCUCCCCUGCCCUGCUGGCUGCUUGGUUUUGGACUAGGGAGAGCGACCUCUUUGCUCCGACAAGCUCAGAGGAGAAGCUGUCCAGGGAGCCAGCCCCGAGUGGGAGUAACCAGCCCGUUGUUUAGUGGCUCUGUGUAGAUUGGCAUUGAGCAAACGGCCCCCUGAAGCCGGGCCGCUAUUGUUUAAGCUCUGGGACAGUUACCAGUGAGACCUUUAACACAAAGCUCUGGCUGUCUCUGCAGGGCGGGGGCCUUUUCUAAGUAUAGUGUGUCAUGUAUCCAGGUUUGGGUUUGUGAUUGUGGAAUCUAAGCCAGGCCCCCGGCAGUCCUGCUGCUCGCAAGCGGGGCUGGGUGGUCAGAGCUGAACGUCAGAGCUUGGGCCACCUGGGUCUGCCAGGGGUUUCUGGCGGGGGGGGAGGUUUAUAUCAUGGCGCAAUUUAAAUAGCUCCGUUUCCAGCUCUCUAGUGCUGUGAAGAGCCCGUUGGGAUGUGUGUGGUUUUUAAUAAGUAUCCUACGUGUUGCGGUGUUUCAUUUGGUGCAUAUCAAGAGCUGCUCUCACCUGGACAUAGCAGCUGGUUUAAAGGGCCGGGCCGGGUUUGCGCUGCCUGUGUCGCUGCUCAGCUCCUGGACUGGAAUUCUCUGCAGGUGAGUAGUAAAGAAUCCUGGGUGAGGAACGCUCUCUGCACAGGUUCAGGGCUUGACUCUCCUCUCUGCUAUAGUGCAGCUCCGUUGGUUUCACUGGAGUUACUCCUGACUUACACGAGUUCGUGAUCAGAAUUAGGCCCCCGGAGGGCAGGAUCAGGCCCAGUUCCCCUCUUCUUGCUGAGCACCAGUGUAGCUCGUGAGUGAGGCUUUACACCGGGCGGGUGGACAAUCGGGCUCCAUUGACAUCUCUUCCCAUGUAAACCAGCUGGAUGUAAAAAAACUUUUUCAGCAAAAAAAAACCUCUCACGCAGCCGCAGAGAUUUGCUUUGGACAGCCUGGGCGAGGGUCUGGUCUAGCUGGACAAUGCGGCACAGCAGACCGCAGCGCUUGACUUCCCGUGGACGCGCUUUUGUGCGCGUCAGACCCACGCACCAUUCUGGGAGCUGCUCUGGGCAGAGAAGGCCGACUCCUGCCAGAGCCCCUGCUUUGCUCUGCCCUGGGGCCUGACUUCCCCUCCUGCCAUCUCUGCACACUGCCUCUCCAGCCCGAGCUCCUGAGAGCCCAAACCAAAGCGAUCUUGGCACGGACGGUGCCUCCGUGCGGCCCAGCACCCGAUCAGGACCGCACUGCGGUUUGUAACAUGGCUAUGGAUGUUGUGUGUCGUGCUUCCGGGAACGUUCAUAGAUUUUUCUUUUUUAAUUGUGUCGAUUGUAUCUGUCAGCCCCAGCUCUUGCCUCGGUUGAAAGGGCCGUCGCCUGUUCUUACGGCAGCCUUCACCUGCUGUGCCUGAGCAAAUCCAUGCGUGGGAUGGCGACUGUGUGGAGUUUGUAAUGCUUCAAUCUGCUGUCAACCAGAGGCCAAAACGGGGGCUUCUGCUGAAAGGAGGGGGGGGGGGAGUUCCUUCUGAGCUGACUCAGCUGUUGAAGGUGUGUGCCCAAGAACAAUAAAUCAUGGUGCUCUGGA